AUGUCAUCAUCGUCAGCAUCAGCACAAACUAUUCUUUACAUUGCUCAUGUGUAUAGUAUAUACGUGUUUACAACUGUAUUUAUUACUGGACUUGUCGGAAACCUUUGUAAUAUUGUUAUUUUUAUCAGCCUCAAACAAUUUCGACAUUUUCCAGGCGCCUUCUAUAUUACUGUUGAAUCUAUUGCCAAUUGCGCUUUAUUAUUGGUUGGUCUAAUGCCGCGAAUUGUCAAUGAAACGUUUGGCUCUGAUCCAUCCUACACUUUACUCAUCUGGUGUAAACUACGAAAUCCAGCAACUCAAUGGUGUACAUUAAUAGGGUUAUCUGCAAUCAAUUUUGCAGCUUUCGAUCAAUAUCUUUCUACCAAUUGUGAUUCUCGCUUUCGACAACUGAGUACGACUAAAUUAGCCAAAUAUCUUAUCGGUGUCGCAUUGAUCAUUUGGCUUCUCUAUCAGAUUCCAUUCGUUAUAUUUUCUAACAUACAAGCAACUGUUGGUUGUCUUUUGACAAGUGUUGAACUAUUGCGCUACUACUCAUUUUUUCAUUUAUUGGUUCUUAAUGGUCUCCUACCUGUUUUUCUCACAACCACAUUCAGUAUAUUAGCUUAUCGAAAUGUUCGUCGAAUUCGUCGACAACAGAUGAAUAAUAUUCGUCGACGACUCGAUCAUCAAUUAACAGCAAUGAUUCUUGCUCGUGUCACAUUUUUAGUCCUUUGUCUUUUACCAUUCAUUAUUCAACGUUUCUACAUGGCUAAUGCACAUACCGAUCCAAAGGAUGUCUUGCGAAUAGCAAUCGAAAAACUGGUCGGAGCAAUCAAUAUUGUGCUCAGUUAUCUCAAUGUUUCAGUAUGUCUAUUUGUUUGUUAA